UUUAACCCAAAAUAGUUCAUUGUUGAAACAAAUAAUGUUUUAACUUUUGGAAGUAUAAAAUUAUCUAGAAAUAUCAUAACUGAAAAAGUAGGAUAGAAGAGAGAAAAAAAAAGGUGAAUAGAGACACACUGGCACCGCCCUCUACAUUCUCUUCCUCACUAGAAAUCUCCAUUGUCCCAUAAUUCUCUUUUUCUUUCUCUCUCUUUUUUCCGGUUUUGCCACUUCUCUUAAAUCCACAAUUCUUCUCUUCUCUCAUCUGUACUCUCUCAGAAUCUUUCCUCAACCAUGGCGGUUCUCUUGCUCUGUUAUCUGAUAUUCUUGGCCUUCACUUCCCAUUCAAGUGCUACUUAUUGCAUUUGUAAAGAUGGACUGAGUGAUCAAGCCCUUCAGAAAAGUUUGGAUUAUGCUUGUGGAGCUGGAGCUGAUUGUACACCAAUCCUUCAAAAUGGCCCUUGUUAUCAACCCAAUACUGUGAAAGAUCAUUGCAGUUAUGCUGUUAAUAGCUAUUUUCAAAGAAAGGGUCAGGUUCAAGGGAGUUGUGAUUUUUCAGGCACUGCCUCGCCUAGCCAAUCUCCUCCUGCCGUAGCUUCUGGGUGUGUUUAUCCUUCCAGUCCCAGUUUUACAGGUACCCCGACUAGCACCACCCCAUCAACCACUCCAUCAACCACCAUUCCCGGCACGACACCAGGAACCACAACAAACCCAUCAACAACACCACCGUCGACAACAACUCCUGGCACAACCUCCCCUUCAGUGUUCGGGAAUGGGAUAAGCCCAACAGGCGGUGUCGGUCUGGGCGGGAACAGUAUGGAUGGCAGUGCUGCUGCAGGUCUCAAUGCAGCAGCCUCUAACUUGUUCUUCUUCACAGCUACUGUGACAUUUUGGUUGUCAAUGUUCUGUUAGGUUAACCAUGAUGGAGGCCAUUAGUUGAUUUGUUUGGAUGAAUGGAUGGAUGGAAGGAAAAGCUAGGAAGGUUGUUUUCUAAUGUCCUUUGCUGUGGAAAGGAAAAAAGAAAAAGAAAAGAAGAAGAAAAGGGUGGAGAAUUUGAUUCCUUAUUGAGUGGUGGUAUGAUUUUUCUACUAGAAUGGAACCUGAUCCUCUUAGAUAUUUUUCACUUUUGUGUAUCUAAUAGAGGCUGUAUUUUCCUUAAUUUAAUGGGACUUUGUACCCACUAAUCAAUUAUUCUGCUCUUUUGUUCAUUAUUAAUUUCUUCAUUUAAUAAUAAAGUCGUAUGAGUUGUGUUACUCAA